AAGGGGGCAGGAGAAAAAAGCUUUUCCAAAAAAGUAUUGGCUGUCUCGAGGAAUGCGGUCGCCCCCUUGGGAAAGUACAUAUCUGGGAGCAGCAGGCGGCUCCGCGCUCGCACUCCGGCUCGGCCGCCCCACCGCGCGCUCGCCUCGCCGCUCCCGCCGCAGCCCCAGGGCCCCUCGCCGCCGCCACCAUGGACGCCAUCAAGAAGAAGAUGCAGAUGCUCAAGCUCGACAAGGAGAACGCCUUGGAUCGAGCCGAGCAGGCGGAAGCCGAUAAGAAGGCGGCGGAGGACAGAAGCAAGCAGCUGGAAGAUGAGCUGGUGUCGCUGCAAAAGAAACUCAAGGGCACUGAAGAUGAACUGGACAAAUACUCCGAGGCUCUCAAAGAUGCCCAGGAGAAGUUGGAGCUGGCGGAGAAAAAGGCCACGGACGCUGAAGCCGAUGUAGCUUCUCUGAACAGACGCAUCCAGCUGGUUGAGGAAGAGUUGGAUCGUGCCCAAGAGCGACUGGCAACAGCUUUGCAGAAGCUGGAGGAGGCUGAGAAGGCCGCAGACGAGAGCGAGAGAGGCAUGAAAGUCAUUGAAAGUCGAGCCCAAAAGGAUGAGGAAAAAAUGGAAAUUCAGGAGAUCCAACUGAAAGAGGCCAAGCACAUUGCUGAAGAUGCCGACCGCAAGUAUGAAGAGGUGGCCCGUAAGCUGGUCAUCAUCGAGAGUGACCUGGAACGCGCGGAGGAGCGGGCUGAGCUCUCGGAAAGCAAAUGUGCCGAGCUUGAAGAAGAAUUGAAAACUGUGACGAACAACUUGAAGUCACUGGAGGCUCAGGCUGAGAAGUACUCGCAGAAGGAAGACAAAUAUGAGGAAGAGAUCAAGGUCCUAUCUGACAAGCUGAAGGAGGCCGAGACUCGGGCUGAAUUUGCGGAGAGGUCAGUAACUAAGUUGGAGAAAAGCAUUGAUGACUUAGAAGAUCAACUCUACCAGCAACUUGAGCAAAACCGCCGCCUAACUAACCAACUAAAGCUGGCCCUGAAUGAGGAUUAAACUUAAGUGGGAGAGACCUUGGGCUGAAUUCUAGGAAUGGAGGCCAUGGGCAGGAAAUCUAAGACUGCCGUACCUUCAACUAAUAGGGCUGACAACACUUGCUUUCUGCAGAAUUGUACAUGGAAGGAAUUAGCUAAAAAGCUGGCUUCACCUGCGUUUUCCUCUUAUAUCUGGAAUAAUUAAGUUCUCUUUAAACCCCGAAACUGCUUUUGUGGUAAAAUUACGUAUAUGUAUAUGAAUUAAAUAUAACAAUUCAAUCGCAGGUCCUCGUGUUUGAACUGAUACAUAAUGAGGACCAAAAAUUGUUUUCUAUUUCCUACAGAGAACUGAGUCCUGCUUUGUUAGAAAGCCAAAGCAGAGGAGUAACUAUACACAUAUAUAUGUUAUAUAUAGGAUGCAAUAUAUAAUAUAUAUAUACACAUAUAGCUAUUACAUAUUCAUAUUCCUAACUUCGUAAUAUCUGGUAUAGUGUUUGAUUAAAUGUACCUAUGCUUGGGCAAAAUAGCUUUUGAAAACAGGAGCUCAUGUCAGAAGUCCCUGAUUGUCUGAAAGGUAUGCUUUUAUUCCGUCUAAUGGUGCUGUUGGAACCUGGUGAGAAUGUCAUUCUAAUAAUAAAUAGAACACUAUAAGAAUAGUAAGAGAAUGUCCUACUGAAGUGUGCAUGAAAUAUGUUGAUACUCAUUUUUUUUUUUAAUGAGCAGCAGAAAUAAAUCGUUUUAAAAGUUGUCAGAAAACCUACUUACUUCAUCUUUGUCUCCUGUGAGAUUGUGUUACAACACAGUUCCCAGACCUUUACCUGCCUGUAGCUCAGAAAUGUCUGCUGUAUUAACUGCAGUGCUGCAAGUACCCGUCCCUGUCCCCACGGCGUACGGCCCGUGGACCUCCGCCAAGCCCCACCUGCGCUUUAUUCUGAGUGGACCCUUGGUGAAGGUUCAGCUGACCGCUCUGUGAGAGCCCGCUGUGCCUGUAGUUCCUUUGGGUCAAAGACAUCUUCCCCCUUUGUGGGUCCUUGUCUGGAAAUGAGUAAUACCUUACCAGCAUGCCUUGUCCUAAUCAUCUCAUCUUUGUUUGUGACUGAUGUUUGCCUGCCUAAAUGUAAAAACCGCCACUGUGUCCAAAGUGCAGCUAUUCAUGACUUAAUUUUCUAAUCCCACCACAGAGAAAGUGGCUCAUGCCAAAGAAGAAAACCUUAGUAUGCAUCAGAUGCUGGAUCAGACUUUACUGGAGUUAAACAACAUGUGAAAACCUCCUUAGCUGCGACCACAUUCUUUCAUGUUGUUUUGUUGUUUUAUUUUGUUUUGUUUUGUUUUGUUUGGAAACACCAUGCUUACCAUGAAACCCCUUAAACGCAUUUUUAUUUACUUUUACACUGUCACAGAAAACAGCCACGAAAUACCAGCUAGGUCAGGGGAUGGGGAACACACACACACACACACAUGCGCGCGUGCGCGCGAGCCCGUGGCAGGGCCGUAAUGACUUAAAUGUGCCAUUUCCCAGGUUGCCAUUGCCACACUUCAUAGAGAGUUUUGCAACCCAGUGUACUCAGCCAGUCCAGGAAUCCUCACUAAAGCAGAAAGAUUUCCACUCAAAGUGCCAACGAUGUAUUCAAUAGGCAGAUUAAUGUUGAAAACACAAUCAGGUGUGGAUUGGUGCUACUUUAAACAAAAAGUCCCACUGUGGUCUUUCGUUCAAUAUUGUACAAUUUAGAAUUCUGUCCAACACUAAUUUAUUUUGUCUUGAGUUUUACUACGAGAUGAGACUGUGGGUCCUGUAUGCCUGAAUUCACUAAAGCCAAGGGUUUGUAAGGCACGCUGCUCUUGUAAGACUUCUAUCUCCUUCUCGUUGGCACACUUGUGGCUCAUUACAACUUGUAGGAUAGCAUUCGAUGUGGAUUUCCACUCUCCAUUUCUCCAUGUUAAAGAUUUAGGCACUACGUACAAUUGGUAAAGAAAAAACAUUUUCUUAAGAGUUAUAACUAUAUGUAAACAUUGUAUAAUGGUAUGGAAUAAAAUGCACAUUGUAGGACAUUUUCUAAA